GUGAAAGCAUGUGGUGUCUUUUUCGCCCAGGCAUGCCUUUAGAGUCUACUCUAUGACCAAGAGGGAGGGGGACGUCAUACAACGACACAGCCAAUCAUAGGUUAGCUUUUUAGGCUUGUAAGACUUUAGUGGAAGUGGCAAAAGCCAGCAGUAAAAAAAAAUCCAGAAUGCCCUUUACACCGUCCGGCUUCUUCUGUGACCGGUUGAUCCGGGAGAGAGAGAGAAGAGACGGAGAAGGAUCCCUCAGCAAGCCCCUGCGCUUCAGAGGACAGGACUUUGCCACAUUGAAACAAGAAUGCCUCACCAAGAAGUGCCUGUUUGAGGAUGACACCUUUCCAGCCUCCGUGGAGUCUCUGGGAUACAAGGAGCUGGGACACAAGUCCAACAAGGUCAAGAACAUUGUCUGGAAGAGACCCAAGGAGAUCUGUGAGAACCCUCAGUUCAUUGUGGGCGGAGCCAGCAGGACAGACAUUUGCCAGGGAGACCUUGGUGACUGCUGGCUGCUAGCUGCUAUCGCCUGUCUGACUCUGAACGAAAAGCUUCUCUACCGGGUCGUUCCUCAGGAACAGAGCUUCUCCGAGGGAUAUGGAGGAAUCUUCCACUUCCAGUUCUGGCGCUAUGGCGACUGGGUUGACGUCGUCAUUGACGACCGCAUCCCCACCUUCAACAACCAGCUGGUGUUCACCAAGUCUGCUGAGAGGAACGAGUUCUGGAGCGCCCUGCUGGAGAAGGCCUACGCCAAGCUUCACGGUUCCUAUGAGGCCCUGAAGGGCGGUAACACCACGGAGGCCAUGGAAGACUUCACCGGGGGCGUGACAGAGUUCUAUGAGAUGAAGGAGGCGCCCAAGGAGCUGUACAAGAUCAUGAAGAAGGCCCUGGAGAGAGGCUCCCUGAUGGGCUGCUCUAUCGAUUCCCUGGUUCCCGCUCGCUUUGAGACCCGUACUGCGACUGGCCUCGUGAAGGGCCACGCCUACUCUGUGACUGCCGUUGAGGAGUGUAAGCAGUCCCAGCACAAGGCGUCUAAGGUGCGUCUGGUGCGCCUCAGGAACCCCUGGGGACAGGUGGAGUGGAACGGGCCCUGGAGUGACAACUCUAAGGAGUGGGUGUCUCUGUCUAAGGGAGAGAAAGACAAGCUCCAGCAUCAAAGUGCUGAGGACGGUGAGUUCUGGAUGUCCUUUGAGGACUUCAAGAAGAACUACACCAAGAUAGAGAUCUGCAACCUGACCCCUGAUGCCCUGGAGGACGAUAAGAUCCACAAGUGGACGGUGUCUGUGAACGAGGGUCGUUGGGUCAGAGGCUGCUCCGCCGGGGGCUGCAGGAACUACCCAAAUACAUUCUGGACCAACCCUCAGUUCCGUUUGUGUCUCCUGGAGGAGGAUGAUGACUCGGAGGACAACGAGGUGGCGUGUUCCUUCGUGGUCUCUCUGAUGCAGAAGAACAGACGGAAAGAGAGGAAGUUGGGAGCCAAUCUCUUCACCAUCGGAUUUGCCAUCUACGAGGUGCCGAAGGAGAUGCACGGCAACAAGCAGCCCAUGCAGAAGGACUUCUUCCUGUUCAACUCAUCCAAGGCUCGCUGCAAGUCCUACAUCAACCUGAGGGAGGUGACCCAGCGCUUCCGUCUGAGCCCCGGGGAGUACGUGAUCAUCCCGUCUACCUACGAGCCUCACCAGGAGGGAGAAUUCAUUCUCAGAGUCUUCUCCGAAAAGAAGAACACCUCAGAGGAGAUAGAGAACAAGAUCGAGGCUGACCAUCCAGUGCCGGCCCCAGCCAAUGCGGGGGAGGAGAGGGAAGAGGACCAGCAGUUUCGGACCAUCUUUCAGCAGAUAGCCGGGGAUGAAAUGGAAAUUACCGCCAACGAGCUGAAGAAUGUACUCAACAUGGUUGUCUCCAUACAUAAGGACCUGAACACAGAGGGUUUUAGCCUGGAGAGCUGCAGGAGCAUGAUCUCUCUCAUGGACAUGGACGGGACUGGCAGACUCAACCUGCAGGAGUUCAGACAUCUCUGGAACAAGAUCAAACAGUGGCAGGGAAUCUUUCGACACUAUAGCUCGGACCAGGCUGGUAUCAUCAACAGCUACGAGAUGAGAAAUGCCGUCAACGAUGCAGGCUUCCGUCUCAACAAUCAGCUCUAUGACAUCAUCACCAUGCGCUACGCCAACGAGGACAUGAACAUAGACUUUAACAGUUUCAUCAGCUGUCUGGUCCGGCUGGAAGCCAUGUUCAGGGUGUUCCAAGCCUUUGAUCAGGAUGGUACGAUCAGACUUAGUGUCUUGGAGUGGCUCCAGCUGACCAUGUAUGCCUAGAUUGCCAGACAGGUCUUCUCAGCCAGAUGUCCUCCCAGGUCUCAGGCUUCUCUAAUUUCCUCUCCUGACCAUGUCCCAGUAUUGCUGAAACAUCCGUCUCUUCUGAGUCGGCCAUGUUUUUUUUUUUUAAACACACCCCACUCCUUACCAGAUGUACCAUUCUCUCUCUCAGGCAUCAAACACACAUCACCUCUCUUUUUCUGUCACCAUACCUCACAGAGCCACCUCUCCAUAACCCAUCGAAUAUCUCUUAAAAUAUUACGUUUUAUUUACACUACUCCAACUCUCCCCUAUCCUACCAACUGAAUAUGUUCCCUCGUUACGCUUACCACCCUUAAUGUCUCCCCUAUACCACCUACCAUCCUCGACGUCUCCCCUAUACCACCUACCACCCUCAACGUCUCCCCUAUACCACCUACCAUCCUCGACGUCUCCCCUAUACCACCUACCAUCCUCAAUGUCUCCCCUAUACCAUCCUCAACGUCUCCCCUAUACCACCAAACAUCCUCGACGUCUCCCCUAUACCACCAAACAUCCUCAAUGUCUCCCCUAUACCAUCCUGAACGUCUCCCCUAUACCACCUACCAUUCUCGACGUCUCCCCUAUACCACCUACCAUCCUCGACGUCUCCCCUAUACCACCCUCGACGUCUCCCCUAUACCACCUACCAUCCUCGACGUCUCCCCUAUACCACCUACCACCCUCGACGUCUCCCCUAUACCACCUACCACCCUCGACGUCUCCCCUAUACCACCUACCACCCUUAACGUCUCCCCUAUACCACCUACCACCCUUAACGUCUCCCCUAUACCACCUACCAUCCUCGACGUCUCCCCUACACCACCUACCAUCCUCGACGUCUCCCCUAUACCACCUACCAUUCUCGACGUCUCCCCUAUACCACCUACCAUCCUCGACGUCUCCCCUAUACCACCCUCGACGUCUCCCCUAUACCACCUACCAUCCUCGACGUCUCCCAUAUACCACCUACCACCCUCGACGUCUCCCCUAUACCACCUACCACCCUUAACGUCUCCCCUAUACCACCUACCAUUCUCGACGUCUCCCCUACACCACCUACCAUCCUCGACGUCUCCCCUGUACCAGCUACCAUCCUGAACGUCUCCCCUGUACCACCUACCAUCCUCGACGUCUCCCCUUUACCACCUACCAUCCUCGACGU